AACCGUAGCCAGGACAAGUUCGUUAAGUAUGCUAACUCGUCACGAUCUGAUUGGUUAUAGAAAGAACAAGCGUUACAAAUCCAACAAACUGACCGACAACGAGGAAGGAAGAGGUCGGGUGGAUUGGAGAGAAAAAGAAUCGAAGGGGAACCCUAAUUGACUAAUACGCGUCGAUUGCGGUAUUCUGCAAAAAUCUCACAAAAAUCUCACUUCUAAAUUACGCUUAUAGAUCGAAAAUUUUAGCAUAAUCAAUGAGACGAUCUCUGAUAUUCCUUUUGCCGUUAACGAUCUUAUUUUCUCCAUCAAUACGCGGCUUCUUCUGCUCGGAGAUCUCGCAAACCUCUCUUUCCAAUCAUUUUCUGCCGCCCCCUCUUAACGAUGGAACGGCAGUGGUGGUUACUCUGGACGGAACAAUGCAUUUAGUGGACAGAGUAUCGAGGAAGGUUCACUGGUCAUUCGCUUCGGGCAGGCCAAUUUAUUCAUCUUAUCAGGCCUUCCAAGACCGCGACAAUGAUAAGCUUAAUGUGUCUGGACCAAACAGUGAUUUGUAUGUGGACUGUGGGGAUGAUUUGCAACUCUAUGUCCAUAGCCGGCGCCAAGGAAGAUUGAAAAAACUUGAACUGAGCGCUGAAGAAUAUGUUAGAAGAACACCCAACAUAGCAGAGGAUGGAGGGAUCACUUUGGGAACAAAGAAGACCACUGUUUACCUUGUUGAUGCAAACUCUGGAAGAAUGGUACAAACUUAUAGGUUAGAUGAUCCUCCCUCGACACUAGAUGUUCGGAAUAAUGCAGGAAAAACAGUUCUUUGGACAAUGGAUGCUGAUGCACUGGUGGAUUCUGGUUCUGUUAACUCAACAACAGUUCAGCAGCUUGUCUACAUUAUGAGGACAGAUUAUGUGCUGCAGUAUUAUUCUCCAAACUCUGCUGAAGUAUUAUGGAAUGUGGCAUUUGCCAAAAUUGAUGCUGAAUUUCGAUGUCAAGGGUCAGAGAAAAAACUUUCUGUAGACUACAUGCACGAUUCUGAGUUGCAAUUACCUUGUCAGAUGAGGCUUGUUGUUAUCCAAAUUCCUGAUCAUAAAUUGUUGGAGUCUCUUCCUGGUUUUGGCUGGCUAAAUGGAAUAAUCCCUCUGCCAGCUUCAAGUCAAAAUCCUCGCUUGCCACAUGCUGAAAAAUUCCCAUUGGCUCUUCCUGAUAACAAGGCAUGGCUUGCUUUGCCAGCUUCUGAGAUGGAAAACCCUCUUAUGUUGGAUAAUAUUAAUAUAAACAUCACAAGGAGGUUUCACAUGGCGGGAUCCAGCAUACAAUCUUUCGUUGCUUUCUUUGCUACUCUGUUGACUAUCAUCAGCUUAGCCUUUUACAGCUUAAAACAGGGUAAGGGGAGUAAGCACGAUCAAGAAUUUAAAUUGCAAGCAGUACAUAAAAAGAAAAAACCUAAAAGAUCUGGGAAAAGUAAGAACAGUGCCAAUAAUGAGAAAAGGAAGAAACUUGUUCCAGAGGAGAAUAAGGUUGGAAACACCAACAUACUUCCAUGCACUGAAGGGAAUGAAGGCAAAUCAUUGCUAACCUUUACAGAUCUUGUUGAUGGUCGUGUAGAUGGACGCAGCAUUGGUAAGUUACUUGUUUCCAACAAAGAAAUAGGUAAAGGAAGCAAUGGUACCGUAGUGCUUGAGGGGAUUUAUGAUGGCCGUCCUGUAGCAGUUAAACGUCUUGUGCAGACUCACCACGAUGUGGCUUUGAAAGAGAUUCAGAACCUUAUUGCUUCUGAUCAACACCCAAAUAUUGUUCGCUGGUAUGGGGUAGAGUUGGAUCAGGAUUUUGUUUAUCUCUGUCUAGAGCGUUGUACCUGUAGCUUAAACGACCUGAUCUAUGCAUACUCUGAAUCUUUUCAAAAUCAAGCCAUUGACAAGGAUGAAGAUUCGAAAUUCUUCAAUGAGUAUGGUGCUCGAUUGCAUAUUGUGAUGGAAAAUAACAAGGAUGUUGAACUUUGGAAGCCUAAUGGGUGCCCUUCGCCCCAUUUGUUGAAACUGAUGAGAGAUAUAGUCUCUGGGCUUGCCCAUUUACAUGAAAUUGGCAUCAUUCAUCGAGAUCUAAAGCCUCAAAAUGUUUUGAUAAUCAAGGAGAGAUCCCUAUGUGCAAAGCUUUCAGACAUGGGCAUUAGCAAGCGCUUGAUUGGGGAUAUGUCUUCCUUAACUCAGAGUGCUACUGGUUAUGGAAGUUCAGGUUGGCAAGCACCUGAACAACUACGUCAAGGACGCCAAACACGUGCUGUGGAUUUAUUUAGUUUAGGCUGUGUUCUAUUUUUUUGCAUUACUGGUGGUAAACACCCUUAUGGGGAUAAUAUUGAACGUGAUGUAAAUAUUGUGAAUGACCGAAAGGACCUGUUCUUGAUAGAGAGUAUACCCGAAGCAAUGGAUCUUUUAUCUCAUCUCUUAGAUCCCAACCCAGAAAUGAGGCCAAAGGCACAGGAUGUUUUGCAUCAUCCGCUCUUUUGGAGUUCCGAGAUGAGACUUUCAUUUCUUCGAGAAGCUAGCGAUCGUGUUGAAUUGGAAGACAGGAAAAAUGAAUCAGAACUAUUAAAUGCAUUAGAAAGUGUUGCUGUAGUUGCUUUGGAUGGGAAAUGGGAAGAAAAGAUGGAAACUGCAUUCAUUAAUAACAUUGGUCAAUAUAGGAAAUAUAAGUUUGAUAGUGUUCGUGACCUUUUGCGGGUAAUACGGAACAAGCUAAAUCACUACAGGGAACUUCCUCAAGAAAUCCAAGAAUUAUUGGGGCCAGUUCCUGAAGGAUUUGAUGGAUAUUUCUAUAGUCGAUUUCCUAAACUCUUGAUUGAGAUUUAUAAGGUACUAUAUAAGCACUGCAAAGAGGAGAAAUUCUUCCAGAAAUAUAUAACAGCAAUCUAGUGCAACUGUCAUUUGUUUCUCUCCAGCUAGCCGCUGUUCUUCUCACAGAAGAAUAUUACAAAUUCUGUAAAUAGAGAAUGUAUCAUAUUGCAAACAAUUUGUAUCAUAUUGCAAACAAUUUUAUGUACCAGUGAUUGAUCUAUGUGUAUAUAUAUA